CUUUUGGACGGGUUUUCCUGGCCAAAAAGAGAACAACAGGGGACCUUUUUGCCAUAAAGGUUCUUAAAAAGGCUGACAUGAUCCGGAAAAAUGCAGUUGAAAGUAUCUUGGCGGAACGUGAUAUUUUGAUUUCAGUUCGCAAUCCCUUUGUGGUUCGCUUCUUCUAUUCAUUCACUUGCCGAGAAAAUUUGUACCUUGUGAUGGAGUAUUUAAAUGGAGGGGAUUUAUAUUCGUUGUUGAGAAAUUUAGGCUGCUUAGAAGAAGAUGUUGCUCGUGUAUAUAUAGCAGAAGUGGUGCUUGCACUAGAAUAUUUACAUUCACUUUGUGUGGUUCAUCGUGAUUUGAAGCCAGAUAAUUUAUUAAUUGCUCAUGAUGGUCAUAUUAAGUUGACCGACUUUGGGCUCUCAAAGGUUGGUCUUAUCAACAGUACUGAUGAAUUAUCCGGCCCAGCCGUAAGUACCACAUCUCUAAUGGUGGAAGAUGAGCUCGAGUUAUCUGUGCCUGAGCAUCAGCAAGAAAGACGAAAGAAACGUACAACUGCCGAUUGGUGGUCAGUUGGUGUGAUUUUGUUUGAAUUGAUUGUUGGUAUUCCACCCUUCAAUGCAGAGCAUCCUCAGGCUGAAGGAUCAUCAGCUGAAUCUAUAGCUGCUCUGGCCAAAGUUGAUACUGUUAAGCAGAGAAUGGAAGCUGCUUAUGAGACAUUGCAGGAUGCUGCUGGGUUGACUCAAUUAAGUUCAACUGUGGAAGAUGUUUUUGCCAGUGGUGAUCUUCCAAGGGUUGCAGAAACCUUAGCUAACAUGAGGCAUUGCUUGUCUACUGUUGGGGAGGUUGCUGAAUUUGCUAAUGUGAGAAAGCAACUCGAGGUCCUAGAGGAUAGGCUAGAUGCAAUGGUGCAGCCACGUUUAACAGAUGCAUUAUCCAGCCGGAAGGUCACCAAAUUUCUUACAGCACUUGUUUUGCCUAUGGCUUGCUUUCUGUUCAAUUUAUCUCUUAUUAAUUCCUUUUAG